CAGACAGCUCGUCCGAAAGAGACACCCGCCGGGAAUGGAAUUUACAUCAAGAUGAUAGAGGUAAUAUUAAGUACUAAACAAAUUAAAUUGUCUAUGGGAGGGAUUUUUGAGAAGCGACUUUCCAUUUUCAUAACCAAAUGGUCCAAAAAUACGACUUUUCUGUAAAACUCAACAGUGUACCCAGUAAGUAAAUUUAUUGAGUGGCUUACUUAUUUUUCUUUCAUCACAGACAGGCAUUCAAACGGAGGAGGUGGAAGAACCGGGGAUAACGGCAGGAAUUCACAUCAAGGUGAUAGAAGUAAAAUUUAUUACUAAAGAACUAAAAUUAUAUGUGGGAGGGAGUUAGAAAAGAAAACCUUAAUAUAUUAUUUUCAGACGCAAUUUAUCGAAUCCAUAUAAGAUGUAUUUGGUCAAGAGACUGUUCUGUAAGACCUAGGCUUACUUAUUUUUCUUUCAUCAUUGACAGGCAUUCGACAAACGGAGCAGGUGGAAGAAUCGGGCCUCAAACAAACCGCGAUGACGGGAGAAACCCGCCAGUUAGAGGUAAGAUAAUUCAAAUUACUUGUGGCAUGUCAGUGGCGUAUCCGGGGAGGGACCUGGUGGGGGGGGGGGGCAGACCCACCCUUAUGUUUAGACCAAACUGAGGCCCGAAAGGGCGAAAAUUUUCUUUUUUUUAUCUCAGGAUGUAGAUGACCGCCCCCUCCCUAUCUGAAGGUCUGGACCCGCCACUGCAUAUAGAGGGUUAGGCCAAAAAAAUUGAGUCGAUCAGAUUGUGCUAGUACUUACCACGCCUUAUCCCCCUUUUUUUCUCUUUUUUCAUGUUACUAUUCAAUAUAUAGUUGUUGUUCCUUUCUUUCUUACUUAACAUUUAUUCUACUAUCUUUCAUUUGUAAUUAUAUUGAUUGUUUUGGUACUGAAGUCUACAAGUCGAAGAUAAAGUCAAUAAAGUUGUUGUUGUUAUUGCAUGUUCUAAUUAUUUAUUCCUAUCUAUUAUUCUCCUUUUUUUUCAGAAACCCAAGUACCCGGUUCCUCUAAGAUCAUUAACCGUAAACGUAAGCAAACUGUUGUGUUUUAGAGUACUUUCUUUAGGAUGA